UGUGGCCAGGGAAGGAGGGAAGAGUCAGAAGACAGAGAGAAAAAAGAGGGAGAAGAAAGAGAGGAGGAGGGCUUAUACUCGCUGGCCAGGAAAAGACUGUCGAGAGGGAGAGGAAGGAGAGGUAAGGAAAAAAGUGGAAGAGAAUUGACACACGUUGGUAACAACUACAGAGCAAGAGAGAGAGAGAGAGAGAGAGAGCAAACAGGAGUCCGAGGAAGGGAAAGAGAAAGGAAGGGGGUGAGAGAGAGCGAUUAAUAGAGGAGGCGGAUCCGACUCACACUGUGGUCUGAGAGAGGAUUCCUGUGUAGUGAAUAGUUUUAGUUGGAACUCCAGUCCUGUGUUCUCUGACUUAUCUACCAGUCUCUGUUUCUGUCAGGACCAUAAGCUCCCAGGCUGGGGCACAGAAGCCCUAAACACAACACGACCACAACAGGAACAUUACAGGACCACUCUGUUGGACCCAUGCACAGGAUUAUUGCAGUUCGAAGGAGAGGUCGAAACACGGUCUGAAAAGAAUCUUAUCAGAGCAGGACAGCUUUUUGAGAUAACUGUAGAAGUGAAGAGUGACCACUGUGGUUUGACCACAAUCUGAACACAAUAGGACCGUUUGACCAGGAGGGGAAAACGUGGGAACUGUGGGAACCGUGGUUUGAACAGGAACACUUUCCUUUCUAGGGAGUUGUGGGGUCUGUGGUUUGACCUGAACAGGACCGUGGGGGCUGUGGCCUGGACAGGACAGUAACGUGUGGGAGAGAAGGUGACAUCAUGAGUAUUGUUAUGAAGCCACGAUCUCGCUCCAUCAGCUCUCUACGGAACAUGGAAGGAAUCUGUUUCGAUGUGGACAACGGCACAUCGUCAGGGCGCAGCCCACUGGACCCCAUGGCCAGCCCGGGGUCUGGGCUCAUACUGCAGGGCAACUUUGUCCACAGUCAGCGGAGAGAGUCCUUCCUCUACCGCUCCGACUCGGACUAUGACCUGUCACCCAAGUCCAUGUCCAGAAACUCCUCCAUCGCCAGUGACAUUCAUGGCGACGAUAUGAUUGUAACACCAUUUGCACAGGUUCUGGCCAGUCUAAGAACUGUACGAAAUCAUUUUGCUGCAUUAAGCAAUUGUUCACAAGACAGAGCGUCCAACAAGAGAUCACCCAUGUGUAAUCCACCACCCAUCACCAAGACCACCUUCACAGAGGAGGCCUACCAGAAACUGGCCACCGAGACGUUGGAGGAGCUGGACUGGUGCCUGGACCAGCUGGAGACCCUGCAGACCAGACACUCAGUUGGCGAGAUGGCCUCCAACAAGUUCAAGAGAAUGUUGAACAGGGAGCUCAGCCACCUGUCUGAGAUGAGUCGCUCAGGGAACCAGGUGUCAGAGUUCAUCUCCAGCACCUUCCUGGACAAGCAGCACGAGGUGGAGAUGCCGACACCCCAGACGCAGAAGGAGAAGGAAGACAAGAAGAAUAGACCCAUGUCUGAGAUCAGUGGAGUGAAGAAACUGCAGCACAGCUCCAGCCUCACCAACUCUAACAUACCCCGCUUCGGAGUCAAGAGCGAGACAGAGGACGAACUGGCUAAGGAGCUGGAGGAUGUAAAUAAAUGGGGCCUUAACGUUUUCAAAGUCACUCAGUUCUCUGGGAACAGGCCCCUGACCGUCAUGAUGCACACUAUAUUCCAGGAAAGAGACUUGUUAAAAACUUUUAAAAUUCCACUCGACACUUUUAUAACCUACCUGAUGACCUUAGAAGACCAUUACCAUGGCGAUGUGGCCUACCACAACAACAUCCAUGCUGCUGAUGUCACCCAGUCCACUCACGUGCUGCUAUCCACCCCCGCUCUAGAGGCUGUGUUCACAGACCUGGAGAUCCUAGCUGCCAUAUUUGCCAGUGCUAUUCAUGACGUGGACCACCCUGGAGUCUCCAACCAGUUCCUCAUCAACACCAACUCAGAGCUGGCCCUCAUGUACAAUGACUCGUCAGUCCUGGAGAACCACCACCUGGCUGUGGGCUUCAAGCUGCUUCAGGAAGAGAACUGUGACAUCUUCCAGAACCUGACCAAAAAACAACGACAAUCACUGCGCAAGAUGGUCAUCGACAUCGUCCUAGCGACUGACAUGUCCAAGCACAUGAACCUCCUGGCUGACCUGAAGACCAUGGUGGAGACCAAGAAGGUGACCAGCUCUGGAGUUCUACUCCUGGACAACUACUCUGACAGGAUCCAAGUUUUGCAGAACAUGGUGCACUGUGCAGACCUGAGUAACCCCACCAAGCCCCUGCAGCUGUACCGCCAGUGGACCGACCGCAUCAUGGAAGAGUUCUUCACCCAGGGGGACAGGGAGAGGGAGAGAGGCAUGGAGAUCAGCCCUAUGUGUGACAAACACAACGCCUCUGUCCAGAAGAGCCAGGUGGGCUUUAUUGACUACAUCGUCCACCCUCUAUGGGAGACAUGGGCAGAUCUGGUCCACCCUGACGCUCAGGACAUCCUGGACACUCUGGAGGACAACAGGGAGUGGUACCAGAGCACCAUCCCCCAGAGCCCCUCACCCACCCUGGACGAGCCUGAGGACGGCAGCCGCCCCCCUGGAGGGGACAAGUUCCAGUUUGAACUCACCCUGGAGGAGGACGGGGAAUCAGACACGGAGAAGGACAGUGGCAGCCAACCCGAGGAAGAGGAUGAAGAAGAGGAGAACAGUUGUAGUGACUCAAAAACACUCUGUACGCAGGACUCAGAGUCGACAGAGAUACUACUGGACGAACAGGUGGGGGAGGAGGAGGAAGAGGAAGUGGAGGGAGAGUCCUCUUCAUCACAACCUUGUGUAGUGGAGGAGGAAGAGGAGGGGGAGGAAGGGGAAGAGAAGGGCGAGGAGAAACCAGACGAUACAUAGCAGUGUAUGCACUGCAACUAAACUUUUCUUCUUAGUAACCAGAGAUUAUUAUUUCUAGAGUAUUUUGGGGGAUUUAUGGACUAUGUCUGUUAUUUCUUUGAUAUAUUUAUGUUUAGGGUUCCAAAGCGCACGCUGUUCACCCCUUGGCCACUCCUCCCUCCUCAUCCUUGGUCAGCUUCUCAGACACACCCACUGGUACUUCUACAACUUUUUUGCACUCAGGAAAACUUUUUUCCAUUCCCGUUUGUACCGGAGUAGUUUGUGUGUUAUUUCACUUCAAAACCUAGUCCUAGUGUGUUGAAGUUACAUGAAGGAUUAUGAUUAGAGUUUAGAGUGUGUUUCAUGCUGUUCAUAUAUCUCUACUCCUUUCAGCCUUGGCUGACCAAUGGCGGUGUUUCUGUGUGUUAUUAAGUGCCCAUUCUUCAGAAGUGACUAUAGUGUCUGUUUUUCUUAGUUGUUUGUAUUUAUCAGCAAAGCAACACGCUACGUUGUUGUGUGGUCUGGAUGAAUGAAAUCCCAACAGGACAGGAUGGAGAGAGGCGCUGCAGCACAUUGAGAGAAAAAUGCAUUGUGGGAAUUUAUCAAGACACUUUUCUGAAGUUGAAGUCUUCCUUGAAAACCUGACUAAAAAGGCUAAGAUCUUACAGCUCUAAUGCUAGGUUUAACCUCGAUAGAGUUUUUGUAUCGUACCAUACAUAACAUGGAGAUCUAUUGUAGAUUCUACUUUUGUUAUAACCAAGAAAAAAAAGUGACUUUUGAAAACAUUUGAAAGGCACUUGAAAACUGUUGAUGAGAAAUGCCUCAUCUGCCACUGCUUUUCUGUGUGUAAAAGGGUAACUUUUUAUUGUUUUGGGGGAGUAUUGGGGAGUAUUCUCAGACUUACAAAUCAAGCCCUUGCCCCUACCCUCUACGCAGUAGAUCUGAGAGGAUCGGAUAGAUAUUAGCGGAUCCAAUCCUCUCAGAUCUACAGGAGGGCCUAAAGGGUAGGUGCUAGGGCUUGAUUUGGGAUUGCACGUUCAUCAAAAAAGCAUUUACACAAUUACUCCCAUACCACUGUCCCCAUGUUCGGUUGUCAUAAUCGUGCAACAAUCAUUUCAAGGAUUGUUUUCCCUGAAGAAAAACAUGUCACAUGUUGACACAUACUUGACUUUACGUUGAAUGAAAUCAUUUUGUAUGACUGACCAGAAAGAAUCCUUGAAGUUCUACUUAUUGUUGCCUGCAGUAAAUAUGAGCGCAUGUCAUCUUACAAUGCAAUGCUUGUUAGAAGCAUUGGAGUGCUGCAUUGGAGUGCUGCAUUGGAGUGCUGCAUUGGAGUGCUGCAUUGGAGUGCUGCAAGUGUACAGAGGUGAUGUCACCACACUCUGCUGUACUGUGGAAGUCUAUGGGGGGUUUGAUACCUAUAGCAAUGUUAUAAUAGAAUUUUGGUAAUUUGGCGGCUUGCGACACUUUUUGUGCUACGCACAUGGUGACCUUAUUUCCUAUUACUUGUCAAUCAUGUCUCCAUGUCCUGAUUGUGGUGUAGGGAGGUGGUCAAUUCGAUUUCAUAUUCGGGACGCAAUUUAUUGAAUAAUAGUUCAAUAAUAAUAAAUAAUAAUAAACACAGAGAUUAAUCUUUCAAAUCCCUCAGAUAAAGUAAUAGCUUUGUGAGAUGUCUGAAAUAUGUACAGUGACAGUCAUUAUUACAGCAACAUUUGUGAGUGCUAAUAAGAAACAAAUCAAUUCCGGUUCAAUAAUUGAAAGUUCCUCAUUGAAAAUAAAUAGCUCUUGAAUAGGAAUUUCAAUUCAUAUCCUGAAUUUACUUCAAAUGGAAUUGUCCACAGCCCUUACUGCAGGUCAGUAAUAUUUUCCAAUGUACUUCAUGGUUGAUGUUUUCACACAUUAGCGGUCACAGCCAUUCUGAUUCCCAUGUAAAAUAGCCUUUUGAGUGACUAAGAUAUCACUCAUAAUAUUUUUUGGGGGGAUAGAAAUGUUCAACAACAAACAAAUAACUACCAGGAAGUUUUAAGGUGAGCAGCUAAUGUUCAUGAGCUUGACUUGAUUGACAGCUCUUAGAAAGGCCUCUGUCCUGAAACUUGAAUGCAGUGAGCAGUGUUGCAGUAAAAUAAUCUCAAGCAGAUUUGGUGAAACACAAAGCAACUCAAACAACAUUGAAAUUGCAUCAAUGAUGUACAUAUUUUAAUCUCCCAUUCGGCAUGUCUCUUGUGAUGCGGUUCACAGCAGCACUGACAGAUGUGUUGACAUGACAACUGCGUCAUAGUUGUGUUCGACCCUCCCCCCUUUUGUUCCAUGCUGUCUGAAGACCUAGCUAGCCACUAGCUAACACCAGACACAGAUGAAGACCUAGCUAGCCACUAGCUAACACCAGACACAGAUGAAGACCUAGCUAGCCACUAGCUAACA